AUGAAGUUUGCUGCCGUCCUCUCCCUGGCCCUCUCGGCCAUGGCCCUUCCCAUGGACAUGGAGAAGCGUGCCCUGACCACCCGGCCCUAUGCCCAGUUCCAGGUCUCGGGCGGCGUGGCCGGCAACGCCCUUGCUGAAGUCCAGGCCAAGUUCCCCCGCUCCGUGCCCAAGAUCAACGAGAGCAACCUGGCCGGCGUGUCCAAGUCGGACCUAGCCAUCAUCAAGGCCGCCCGCAAGACCGCCGAGGCCGCCGAGACCGGCGCCUUCAACAAGGCCAUCUCCGCCGCCGGCAAGACGUCCGCCGCCGGCAAGGCCCUGCAGAACGGCAAGAUCAAGAACAAGGUCCUCAAGCUCAAGCUCGAGACCCUGGCCCUGCAGAUCGACCAGGCCCAGAGCGGCAAGGACAACUCGGCCAAGAUUGCCCAGGAGCAGAAGAAGCUCGACAACAACAUCGCCACCGACAAGAAGAACGCCGGCCAGGCCAGCCAGAGCGUCCAGUUCGCCGGUUAG